AUGUCGGACGACAAAAAGGACGAAGCUGGCGAGAAGGAGCAUAUGCAGCUCAAGGUUCGCUCACCUGACGGCAGUGAGGUGUACUUCAAAAUUAAGAAGAAGACGAAACUGGAGAAACUGAUGCAGGCGUACUGCAACCGGCUCGGCCAGCAUAUGGACGCAGUCAGAUUUCUUUUUGACGGAGAGCGUGUAAAGCCAGAGAAGACUCCACUGGAUAUGGGCAUCGAGGACGGCGACGUCAUUGACGCGAUGGUCCAGCAAACUGGCGGCGCGCAGUAA